ACGGGUCUGCCGCGGCACGGCGCUGGAUGGGGCCGGGGAAUCGGUGACGGCGAGGCAUCACGGCUGCGGAGCUGGCUCAGGUGCUUCGCACCGGUGGCAUUUCACCCGGCACCGCGGGCGAGGGUGCGCAGCGGGGAAAGGAAUUUGAACCCCCGGCACACCUUCGGUCGGCGAAAUCAGCCCACGAAGUCCCUGACCCUUUUGUACACUCCGCACCUACAGCCGUACCAAGCGCAGGCGGGCCUUUGCUCCCCCAAGGAGAGGAAGGCUCUGGUGCUCUCACUGCAGGAGCAGGCAGGGAUGACCUCUAAGGAUGCUUCAGGUGAAGCUCAUAGUAACUGGAGAUGACUUUGGCUAUUGUCCUCGGAGAAACCAAGGCAUCGUGGACUGUUUCCUGGCUGGUGCGGUAUCUAACGUGUCCCUUCUAGUCAACGGAAGUGCUGCAGCAGAUGCAGCCAAGCUGGCAAGGAGAUACAACAUCCCAAUAGGCCUGCAUGCCAACCUCUCCGAGGGCUCUCCUGUAUGUGAGGUGCUCAAGACAAACUCUUCUCUGCUCAACCAAGAUGGAUUCUUCCAUGGGAAAAUGGGAUUCAGAACAGCUCUAUCAAAAGGUCUCCUGAAUAUGUCAGAGGUGAAGCAGGAGCUGAAGGCCCAGGUGGAGCUGUUCCAUGAGCUGACAGGUCACCUACCUCCUCACAUGGAUGGGCACCAGCACAUCCACGUCCUCCCAGAAGUCAGGCACGUAUUUGCAGAGGUGUUAGAGGAAUAUGGGAUUAAGUACACACGUGUCCCAAUAGAGCCAGGCCUUCAUAACUGUGACUGGAUUCCACCAUCCCUGAUGGACUUUUAUCUGGGAGUAGAAGAAGAUUCUUUUAACACGGUGGAUGUGUUUACAAGGCAUGGAAUAAGUGUUCCCUCCUCUGGCUACAGAUGGCCAGACAUUUACAUAGGUUUGAGCACCAUGGGCAAGAACAUGUCUGUCAGCAACAUCUGGAGCGCCAUCGACACUGCCAUCGUGGAGUUCACGUCCAAGGCAUCCUUGCCCGCACACCCGACGCCACAGAGCAGGACAGUAACGAUUGAGCUGAUGGUGCAUCCAGGGUACCCGAGUGUCCCACCCGUCGGCGGCUGUGGGGAUGGACCAGACGAUUUCUCACAGUCCUGGGAGCGCCUCCAUGAACUCCAGACGUUAAUUAAGCCAGAGCUGCAGAGCCAUUACAAAACCAGGAACAUCCAGCUUUGUUCAUUCAAAGAUCUUUAGGUAAACAAGCACACAUACAUACAUACAUUUAUUCAUACUCUGAAGAUAGGCAGUUGCUAAUGUCCCAAGAAGCCAGACUACCGUUACCAGUGUAAUACCUCCUGGUACAGCUGACAGGAGCUGCAAACAGCCUGGGAACAGCAUUAGGGUGUCCAUGGAAGAGCAAAACCCUGUGAGCAGCUACAGGCAGUACCCCAGAGCCCUGACUGGCAGUUUUUAGGCCACAGCAUCAGCUCUGAACGUGACAAACCUCAUGUCACCCACUUAUGCACCAUUCCAGCACAGCAUGGCAGCCAAGGCCCAGCCCUCCUCCCAGGGCUCAGUCCCUGCCAACGCGAUAGUGAGCAGCACGGAAACAUGGUCUGCUGCGAGGCCAAGGAGCACGCUAGCACCCUGAGGGUUCUGAUCAUUUCUCUUUUUGGACUUACCUGCAAAAAAAGAAACGUGCUGGGGAGCAAGCGCUGCUUUGGAGCAACCGCUCGGUGUAGGUUGCCCACGGGAGGCCUGGCAACCUUCAGCAUUUGGUUUUCUUAAAGCACUCAGUCGUGGUCCCUUCCCCUCCACUCGUACCUGCCCAUCGGAGGUGAGGGGCACGUUACCUUCAGAGCAUUUCUCUGGUCAGAGCAGUGGGAUCACAGGUUUUGCACAGCGGUGCCUGCAGCCAGAUUCCAUGUACAGCCUCAGCCAGCAGUAAUUAUGGCUCUUCCUCUUUAUGUUGCCUCUUGGCACUGAGCCACCAUAGGAAAGUAACAUCAGCCACAGUCCUUUCAGAGAGGCUUUUCUUUCUUUUUUUUUUUUUUUUUUGGAUGACUUUGCAAGACCAGCAACUGUUGACCCAUCUGCUAUUUCAGUAACUGCUGCAUAUGAGAACUCACCAGCAACUGUUCCUGCACUGCCCACUGCCUCUCAUGAAAAAUGCAUGGGAUGGCCGCGUACCAACUAUGAGCAAGUCAUCAAGUGGAGAAGGUCCUUGUAUUUGUCCAUUUUUAUUCUUGUCAUGAAAGCAUUUGAUCUUCAACAAGCCCUAGUAAUACUGGUAUGUUUGACUGCAUUCUUAACUGUAGCCCUGUCACUCACAUAUAACUUUCACACAGGAAAAAAAUAUUUUAGAUUGUUUAUGCUCAUUUUCUGUGCAAAAGUGAUCUAUUUAACAUAAUAAUUUCUGUUUUUUUUUUAUAAUAUUAAAAAUUUCAAGAUGAUCAUCA